AUGGCUCAAGAUAAACGUAUGGUCACCGUUAGUUAUAAUAAUCAAGAGCAAGCUCAUCAAGGUCCACGACAAUUGACAAGCGAAGAAAAAGCCACUGCUGAAGAAGAACUCAUAAUGCUUCCACUUGAAGAUAUAUUACUAAUCAGCACCCAAUCGAAAAUUAAAAAAGGUAUCCAAGCUGAUGUCAAAUCAGAAAUUACUCCUAUUUAUCAAUUAAGUGAAAAUUGUUGUGAUCGUUGUUGUGAUAAUCUAACCAAUUGUUGUCGUAAAACUUGUGAUUUUUGUGGUUGCUGUCAAAAGGAAACCAAAAUUGUUCCUGCUGUUCAAAAUACGACAACAAUUUUGUAUAAUGAAGAUCUAAAUCGAAAUACCGAGUUUGAAGAAGAACAUCUACCUGUUCCAAAGGUGAACAAAGGUUGUUGUACUAGCUGUUGUAAUUGUUUUCGUUGUUGGUGUUGUCGAAUGAAAAUGUUAGUUGAUCGCAUUAAAAAAACAAAAAUUGUAAAAGAACGAAAUGCAGAACGUGUAAUUACAAUUAAAAUUGAAUACAGCAAGUACAGUAAUCCUGAUACACCUUCGAAUGCACGUCUACUCAAUGCUGAACAACAGGCAGCCUAUUAUGAUGCAAAAUUUGAGCGAAAUAAAGAACUGGAGUUCUAUUUAGUCACUGAUACACAAUUCGAUUCAAGCAAUUUUAAACAGAAAAGUAGUGAACUUGAAGCUUUCUGUCGAACAGUGAUGCAAUUAAAGGCAAUGAAAAAUCAUUAUCCAUCAGACACUGAAUUAGAACAGAUUCUUGUGCAACGACCUAAAACAGCAAUUGGCGAUGCAUUUGAUGAACAAGUUCUCCAAUUGUCGUUAGAACCGCCGACAAGAGGAAUAAGAAGUCCUCAGAGUCAAGAGCUAACUCAAUCAUCUCAAUGA